CGCAGUUAGCUCCAUAACUGACAGGCGGCUCACACGUUUACCAUGUAACUUGUCAAUAUCAGCCCAAAAUGACACCAUACAUAGGUACCCAAAUAGCAUUACUUUCUCAAACAUUACAUAUACUUAUUUAUGCUGUCAAUAAUGUAAUUAUAGGAUAGCUGGAAUAUAUCAGCACACGCCCACUGUUGUGCUAGUUUAAAAAAACACGUCGGUUGACCCACUAAACCGUCUUCCCCUCGGCCUGAAGACCAUCUUUCAGCACAAAGGCGGAGCAGCAUCUCCACCUGGUAAUUUGGCGACCUGGACGGAGAAGGACGACGCCCGGACUGACGGCUUCGGCCGCGACUAGCCGGACGAGCUAACGAGCUAGCCGUCCAUCAGCUGGUGGACUCGCCGAGGACGCGAGAAACCUCACUGACCCAACUCGUUGGUAGACGGAACUUCUGUACGAAGCCAAAUAAUGCGACCAGUCGGAUGUGGGUUCAAGCAUCAAAUUCGCUCGGACGCGCUGCGGGGCGAAACGCCAGGCUCCCGGGGGCCGUCCUGGGCUUGUUUGUAGUGGCCCCGUCGGCACUGACCGUCACAUCACGGCUGCUUUGCAGUCCAGCAUAUUGUCAGGAUGGGACUGCAGAAGCUGAGGUCCAAACUCCAGAAGCUGAGCUUGAGUUUAGCUGGGCGAUUCUCUGGGAGUUCAUUAAACCACAACUUCUAGCACUCCUGGGUGCAAUUGUUCUCGCCUUUGGUGCAGCUGUCCUGAACAUACAGAUCCCUCUCAUGCUGGGAGACCUGGUCAAUGUGGUGGCCCGUUACAUGAGAGAAAACCCGGGGAACUACCUCAGAGAAAUGAGGGAGCCAGCUCUGAAGCUUCUGGCAUAUUAUGGGCUGCAGGGCCUCUUGACCAGUGGUUACAUCAUCUGUCUCUCCAGGGUAGGGGAACGAGUGGCAGCAGACAUGAGGAAACAGCUCUUCCUGUCUUUACUGAGACAGGAUGUCGCCUUUUUUGAUGCCAACAAGACGGGCCAGCUUGUGAAUCGCUUAACUGCUGAUGUCCAAGAGUUCAAGUCUUCAUUUAAACUGGUCAUCUCUCAGGGUUUGCGUAGCAUCACCCAGACGGUUGGGUGCUUCGUGUCUCUCUACCUCAUCUCCCCCAAACUCACGGGCUUGACCGUGGUGGUCAUGCCCUGCCUGGUGGGGGCCGGAGCCCUCAUCGGCUCCUUCCUGCGGCGGCUAUCUCGCAAUGCCCAGGAGCAGGUAGCCAAAGCCACCGGCGUGGCGGAUGAGGCCAUAGGGAAUGUGCGCACGGUGAAGGCCUUUGCCAUGGAAGACCGCGAGAUGCAGAUGUACGCCGUCGAAGUGGAUAAGUCAUGUGCCAUGAACGAAAGUCUGGGGUCCGGAAUUGCCGUUUUCCAAGGCCUGUCCAACAUCGUCCUGAACUGCAUUGUCUUAGGCACCAUUUUCGCAGGGGGGUCUUUAAUGGCUAGUGAAGAGCUGUCCCCUGGCGACCUCAUGUCUUUUCUGGUGGCAUCUCAGACUGUGCAGAGGUCUAUGGCCAGCAUCUCCAUCCUAUUCGGACAAAUGGUGAGAGGAAUCAGUGCUGGAGCACGCGUAUUUGAAUACUUGAAGUUGGAGCCUACCAUUCCACUGAAAGGGGGAGGCCGAAUCCCAUACCAUUCCCUCAUUGGGAGGGUGGACUUCAUGAAUGUCACUUUCAGCUACCCAACAAGACCAAAGCAGCAGGUACUGAGAAACUUCAGCCUCGCCCUUCCUCCUGGUAAAACUGUGGCCAUAGUAGGCGAGUCUGGGGGAGGUAAGUCCACGGUGGCUGCUCUUCUGGAACGCUUCUAUGACCCCAACACGGGAGUGAUCUUGCUGGAUGGCCAGAAUAUUCGAACCCUGGACCCCUCCUGGAUCCGUGGGGCAGUCAUCGGGUUUAUUAACCAGGAGCCCGUGCUCUUUGGCACCUCGGUCAUGGAGAAUAUCCGCUUCGGCAAGCCGGAGGCCACAGAUUCCGAGGUCAUCGCCGCUGCCACGCUGGCCAACGCACACGCCUUCAUCACUGCCUUCCCGGAGGGCUACAAUACAGUGGUUGGUGAGCGAGGCGUGACUUUGUCUGGGGGCCAGAAGCAACGCAUCGCCAUCGCCCGUGCGCUGAUCAAGAAUCCCAGCAUCCUGGUGCUGGACGAGGCCACCAGCGCCUUGGAUGCCGAGUCGGAGCGGGUGGUUCAGGACGCGCUGGACCGGGCGGCUUCGGGCCGCACCGUGCUGAUCAUCGCACACCGUCUGAGCACCAUCCAGAGGGCCGACCUCAUCUGUGUGCUCAGCGACGGCCGCAUCACAGAGGCUGGAACACACUUUGAUUUGCUGAGCAGAGGAGGCCUCUAUGCUGACCUGAUCCGUCGCCAGAGAGCCCAGGGCCAGAAAUGAGCACGGCAGCCGACGGACCCCCCCUUGAACUGAGCACUGUAAUACAGUUUUGAAUGCUGACUAGCAAGUUCAAAACUAUCUCCGCAUACAGAUGUAUUUCACUUACCUUUACAAUUAGCUAGGGUAGCUAUACAUCAUGCCUAGCUUUCGGCAUACAAAAGCUUUUAACAACAGACAACUUACAGGAUAGGGCAAGUUGUGUUUAAAUACACUGUCUGUACCCAAAACAUGUUUUAUGAGUGCAAACAUUGUUCAGAUAGAAACUGUAUCAUGUAGGUGGAUCAUAUAAAAAGGGUCCUUGAAAUUGCUGAACUAAAAUCUUGCUAUUCACUGCAAAAUACUAAUGUUAAAUAUCAGCCAAGACAAUAUUGUAUUCUGAAAAGAAUUUUUUGUCUUGAAAUUUCAUCAACUUAAUUGCUGCUGGAUACAAAAUGAAAUGAGUUUCUGCCUGUGGUUGUAUUGUCAUAAAGUGACUAUAAAUGAUAGAAUUUUAAUGGAAAAUGCAAUGCUCAUUGAUGAAUUAAAUUUGCCUUUUUCCUUUUUA